UUAUACGGCAGCUUGAGGCGGGGAGGUAAACUUUUGGCAAUAUCAGAGUGAAGCUUUAUCUCCGUGCAUGCGAGCGUGGUGUGUCUUUUUUUCUUUCGCGCGUCUAUCCAGCCCCAAUGUUCACCAGGAGCGGUCCGUCGCAGCGAUAAAUAAGUAUCGGCCACGACCGGAGGGGAGGAGAGGCACCGAAGAUAGGCUCCCGAUAUGAACUGAACAUGCACGGAGACGAUUCCGCCAAACAGAUUUUUAUACCGCUUUCUGCUGCCGGGCUGCUGAGGGAUUAAAAAAAAUAAUUAAUAAUUAGAAUAAGAAAAGAAUUGCAGCGCACUAAGAAAAAAAAAAAAAAAAAGCCAGAGAGAAGAGCGCCGACAGAGAGGACUGCUGUGGGGACGCAAAGGGACUGGAUCUGCAUGUGAGACCGCUGCUGGUCCGCACACCGGAGGCAAGAGAUGCAGCCAGCGAGCAAGCUCCUCACUCUGAUUCUCCUCAUCUUCAUGGGCACAGAACUCACCCAAGUGUUGCCAGCAAACCCAGAGGAGUCGUGGCAGGUGUACAGUUCGGCCCAGGAUAGCGAGGGACGGUGUGUCUGCACUGUGGUGGCGCCCCAGCAGUCCAUGUGCUCACGGGAUGCUCGCACCAAACAACUGAGGCAGCUGCUGGAGAAGGUCCAGAACAUGACCCAGUCCAUCCAGGUGCUGGACCAGCGUACCCAGAGGGACCUGCAGUAUGUAGAGAAGAUGGAGGUUCAGCUCCGUGGUCUGGAGACCAAGUUCAGGCAGGUGGAGGAGAACCACAAGCAGAACAUCGCCAAGCAAUACAAGGCCAUAAAAGCGAAAAUGGAGGAGCUUAGACCGUUGAUACCAGUGUUGGAGGAGUACAAAGCCGAUGCCAAAUUGGUAUUGCAGUUUAAGGAGGAGGUCCAGAAUCUGACGUCAGUUCUAAGCGAACUUCAGGAGGAGAUGGGGGCCUAUGACUACGAGGAGCUCCACAACAGAGUGUCAAAUCUUGAGGAGAGACUCCGAGCAUGCAUGCAAAAAUUAGCAUGCGGCAAACUGACGGGCAUCAGCGACCCCAUCACCAUCAAGACGUCUGGGUCCAGGUUCGGCUCCUGGAUGACUGACCCUCUGGCACCAGAAGGAGACACUCGGGUCUGGUACAUGGAUGGUUACCACAACAACCGCUUUGUGAGGGAGUACAAGUCUAUGCAGGACUUCAUGACGUCAGACAACUUCACGUCCCACCGGCUGCCCCACCCGUGGUCAGGAACAGGUCAGGUGGUGUACAACGGCUCCAUUUACUUCAACAAGUUCCAGAGCCACGUCAUCAUCAAGUUCGACUUCCGUACCUCCUCCAUCAGCAAGUCCCGACAGCUCGACUACGCCGGCUUCAAUAACGCGUACCACUACGCCUGGGGAGGCCACUCGGACAUUGACCUGAUGGUGGACGAGGGAGGCCUGUGGGCCGUCUACGCCACCAACCAGAACGCCGGGAACAUUGUCAUCAGCAAGCUGAACCCCAACACUCUGCAGAUCAUCAAGAGCUGGACCACCAACCACCCCAAAAGGAGUGCUGGCGAGUCUUUUAUGAUCUGCGGCACGCUCUACGUCACCAAUGGAUACUCAGGAGGCACCAAGGUCUACUACGCCUACUCCACCAACUCCUCUACCUACGAGUACAUCGACAUUGCCUUCCAGAACAAGUACUCACAUAUCUCCAUGCUGGACUACAACCCGCGUGACCGCGCCCUCUAUGCUUGGAACAAUGGCCACCAGGUUCUCUACAACGUUACACUGUUCCACGUCAUCCGUUCAGAAGAACUGUAAUCGCGGAAAAGGAAUAAACACAUAAAUACAUAUUGUCUGUGUAGAAAUCUCACUAUAUACAAAAAUAUAUCAACGAAAGAAAAGACUCUAUGGCAAGAUCAUUCUAUUUAUGAUAUCAAAUAACUUCUGAGAGACUGCAUCAACAGUGAAUGCAACAUGGAUUGAAUGUGCAUAUGAAAAAAAAAAUCUAAAAUUGAAGGGUUUCAUUCCAAAAGAUUAUAUAUUUAUUAUAGCAAAAAAUGCUAUAUCCAUUGUUAUCACAAAA